AUAUGCAGAGCGUAGAGGCAUGCGCAGCGAGCAGCAAUUUUCUUGUUGGCAGUAAUCGGAAUAUUAAGGAAGAAGCUGUGAAGUUCAUAUAAACGGCUCUGAUCACUUAACUGAGUGUAUACCUAGUGGGUCGCUGACGGGUGCGGCGAGGACCUUCGCUAUGUUGCGUCGCUCGCUAAUGCAGGUGACGGGUGGCGUCUCGCGAAGUUUUCACUGUUGUACAAGCGCAAAUAUCGGACUGAAGUCAUCUUCUGCCCAAACUAUCAUUGCGACCGCUGUCUCCACGGCUGAGAGAAACUCCGUCUUGUCGUCGCUCCCCCCUCUGGCGCUCCCAUCGACCCCGUUCAUAACACUUAUCAAGGCUCCGCGCAUUUCGCCUUUUGUGAUUAACCCUGCUCGAAUUCUUCCGUCGGCCAUCAAGCCUGAAGUGGAGAUACCGUAUUUGCAUUACAAAGGAGUGACUUUGCCCAAUCUGGGCAACGUUAAAACCCCUAUAAAAGAACCAAAGACUACUAGCAACGAAAUGCGCUGCGCGGUUCUCGUACAAAUCCGCAAGAAGAAAAUGAAAAAGCAUCAAAGGCGAAAGUUGAGAAAACGAAUGCGUUUCCUAAUCCAAAAGACUGAAAUGCGUCGUUUGAAGAAGAAAGAAGCUGAUUUCAAGACGGAACUGUUGGCUAAACUCGAUGAAGCGAAGCAGUUCGAUGCGGAGGCAUUUAUCAAGGAAGCGUUGCAGAAGAUCCGUCACAAACACGAGCAUAUUGAGACCCCAGAACAGCGAAAAGAGAGGAUCAAGGAACUUUACAGGAAGUAUCGUAGUAAUGUGAGGUGGAUUAGGCCCAAACUCGACGAUUAAAUAUACAUUUAAAGCAUUAUAACUGUCAUGUUGAAUAAAUUUAGAUCAUUUUUAAAGUAACUUGCUGGUGAUUUUUUGCAUUACCUUAAACAUCAUAUAAAUAUUAUGUUAAUGUUUUUUUGAUUUAAAUAUGUAUUCGAUAAGUAUUCGAUGUACAAGCACCAGUCUUGCUAAAGAUUACAUUUUUAUUUGGUAGGAGACAUAUAGAAAGACUAUUUAGUUAAUGAUAAAUAUUUCAUUUUUUUCGUUUUACUUUGAAUCUUUAAACAUAUCUUGAAUAACGUUUCUUAUUGCUUACUAUGUUAUUUUAUUAUUAUGUUUUUUCUCAUUUUCUCAAAACUUCUGGCGGAUACCUUUUGAAUGCCUCAGUUUACCUUAUGA